GUGUUUAAAGAGUCCAAACGGUUCUACAUAAACAUGUUCACGUGGAAAUCCGUUUUUAUGACCAUUCUUGCAUUUACCUUGUCCAAUGGAAGAAUAUUGAAUGAAAGAGAUGGCAUCCAGAGUACAGUGACAUUUGGUCCGGUAAGACACUUAUUGCGAGACCCAACGAAAUUUGUGCCAUUAAAAGUACCAUCUCUUGAUAUAAUCGAAUUACUUAAAAAAGAUUCAGAAAAUGAGCAGAACUUAAUAAUGGAGGGGAAUUUAGAUGCCAGAAAAAGAGGCAUCGAUACACCUGACGGUAACAUGACUUCAAUGUUUGGAGCUCAUCUUAUUACACAAAAGGAAUCAGUUGUUAUACACCAACAAGGAUUUUUGUAUGGCGACAUUGUGCAUCGUGCGAUAGAAUAUGCAAAAGGAGAAUACGAUCUUUCCACUAGACAACCGGCAACUACAACUACACCUAGAUCAGAUAAAGAAAUGGCGACAACUCCUUCACAAAAUACUAUCCAAACAACGGAAGAGAGAUUACAACGAAUUAAACGAAGUACAACAGUAUUAUUGUCAGAAACAGACAGGGAACAGAUAGAUCGGUUCAUAUCAGAACUCCCAAACCCAAGCCUCAUCAAACUCCCUUGUUCUUUCCGUGAUAUUGAAUGUGACGCAUCUGCGAAAUACCGGACUAUUGACGGAUCAUGUAAUAACCUAGACCAUCCGAAUUGGGGGAAAUCCUUCACUCCGUUUGACAGAUUCUUAAAACCAGAAUUUGCUGAUGGAAUACAAGAACCAAGAAAAUUUGGAAAACUGAAUGUACCAUUAGAGGGACCACGUGAAAUUAGUAACUUUGUUCACACAGCAAGUACAAUAGCUGAACUUGAUCCACCAAUAAGUUCCUAUAUGAUGACAUUUGGUCAAUUCUUGGACCAUGAUAUAACAAAAACAGCUUUAUCCAAAGGAUCAUAUCCUUUUAAUUUGGACUGUUGUAACCUUGAAAGACAACAGAACCCUAGGAAUCCAAAUUGUUUCACGUUCUCUAUACCUGGUGAUGAUCCUUACCAUCGGAAAAUACUCGGAAACAAUAGGAGAUGUAUGAAUUUUGUCAGGUCGCAAGCGGCAUCUGACCUUGGUUGUAACUUUGGUUACCGAGAACAGUUUAAUGAACUUACACAUUAUAUCGAUGGUUCUGGUGUUUAUGGUUCUACUGUUACAGAGUUAAAUACAUUAAAAGAUCCUGAUGACAAUGGAAUGAUGUUGGUUUCGUCGGAUGAUAAGCUGCCACUUAACUUCAAUGAUCCUAGUUGUACCUCGGAUACGAAUAAGAAAUGCUUUAGAGCAGGUGACGUGAGGGCCAAUACACAACCUGCCCUCAGUUCCCUUCACACUAUCUGGGUAAGAGAGCACAACCGAAUUGCCCAGCAUUUCAAGAAUAGUCCCGAAUGUUAUAACUGGACUGGACAACAAAUUUUCGAGGAAACUAGACGCUACGUUGCAGCUGAAAUUCAACACAUCACCUAUAAUGAAUUUUUACCCAAACUACUAAGCAUAGAAAUCCGUGAACAAUUUGGUUUGGUACCAUCAUUGGAUGGGCAUUUUAUUGAUUAUGACCCCACCGUGCGGCCAAUGAUCCGAAAUUCGUUUUCUUCAGCAGCAUAUAGAAUGGGACAUAGUCUUAUAAGGGAUAAAUUUGCCUUUCCCAGCAGUGCUUUUGAUCUUCACGUGCAUUUGAACAAACCUGAUUUAUUGUACGAACCGAGUGGAAUAGAACGUUGCACACGAGGUAUGUAUGAAAAUCCAGGACAAAAAAUUGACGAGAAGAUGACGAGAGAAAUCACUUGGAAAUUGUUUGAAACAGUAGCAGGUAAUGGUGGAGAUUUGGCGGCUUUCAAUAUUCAGCGAGGUCGUGAUCAUGGACUUCCGCCAUAUACUACUUGGCUACACUGGUGCACAGGAAAAACAGUCGAAGCUGAAAAUUUUACCCCAGGUGUAGAAGGGGGUCUCUUUCAUCAUGGUGCAGUAGCCGCGGAAAAAUUGAGUAAGGCUUAUGCGUAUACUUGUGAUAUAGAUUUGUUUGUUGGAGGUAUAUCGGAAGAUCCUUUACCAGGCAGCAGAUUAGGACCAACAUUUACAUGUAUUCUAGCUUUACAGUUCAGAGCCCUUAAAUAUGGCGAUAGAUUCUUCUAUGAGGGGAAUACUCCACUCAAUCUACAUCCAUUUACACCACAAGAACUUGAAGGUUUCCGUCCAAUAUCAAUGGCAAAGAUAAUAUGUGAAAAUACAAAUAUUGAACAGAUACCACAAGAUGUAUUUUUAGAACCAUCAUUGAGCAAUCCACUUCGAAAUUGCUCGGAUCUUCCCGAUAUCUGUUUCCCUAAGAAUGGUGGAUGGAGCGAUUGGAAGGAUAGUUGUUGUAGUAACUGUUGUACCAGACAACAAUACCGAUCAUGUGAUAACCCUCCACCCAAUGAAUGCGGGAAACCAUGUGAAGGAUACGACUUUAGAUACAAAAACGCGUGUCAUUAUGGCGGCGGACAUGGGGGAUGUUGUCACUACGGUGGUGGUCAUCACGACGGCCAUUAGAUUCAUCAUCAUGUAAACAGCUUAACCUUCACAAAUGUUAGUUAAAUUUAAAAAAAUGGUCUUCUAAUCUUAAUCAGUUUUACAGCCCGUGUCACUAUGGCGGCGGACAUGGAGGCUUCUGUCAUUAAAUUGGAGGAUAAUAUCACUAUGUUUAUUAGAUUCUUCAUAUUCUAACAGUAGAAUGAGAUAAACAUUUUCAAAAAUAGUUAGUAAUAAUGUCGGUCUUAACGUUUCAUAAUGUGCUAAAAAUACAAUUAAUAUUGAAGUCUUGUCAUAUCCUUUCUUUUUUUCUGUAUUAAUAUCAUGAUUUGUGUAAUAUA